AUGGCCGCCUUACGCAAGAGUAAGACGCUGAAAGACUUCUGGUUCUUCCUCCAAGAUGACAACAUUCACACACUGGACUCUGCUCCAAGUGUGUGUCUCACCUGUGUCAGUGUGAUGAGUGCUCCCCCCCACAGGUGUGUGUCUCACACCUGUGUCAGUGUGAUGAGUGCUCCCCCCCACAGGUGUGUGUCUCACCUGUGUCAGUGUGAUGAGUGCUCCUCCCCACAGGUGUGUGUCUCACACCUGUGUCAGUGUGAUGAGUGCUCCUCCCCACAGGUGUGUGUCUCACCUGGGGUCAGUGUGAUGAGUGCUCCUCCCCACAGGUGUGUGUCUCACCUGUGUCAGUGUGAUGAGUGCUCCUCCCCACAGGUGUGUGUCUCCCCUGUGUGUGUGUCUCACCUGUGUCAGUGUGAUGAGUGCUCCUCCCCACAGGUGUGUGUCUCACCUGUGUGUGUGUCUCACCUGUGUCAGUGUGAUGAGUGCUCCCCCCCACAGGUGUGUGUCUCACCUGUGUGUGUGUCUCACCUGUGUCAGUGUGAUGAGUGCUCCUCCCCACAGGUGUGUGUCUCACACCUGUGUCAGUGUGAUGAGUGCUCCUCCCCACAGGUGUGUGUCUCACACCUGUGUCAGUGUGAUGAGUGCUCCUCCCCACAGGUGUGUGUCUCACCUGUGUGUGUGUCUCACCUGUGUCAGUGUGAUGAGUGCUCCCCCCCACAGGUGUGUGUCUCACCUGUGUGUGUGUCUCACCUGUGUCAGUCUGAUGAGUGCUCCUCCCCACAGGUGUGUGUCUCACCUGUGUGUGUGUCUCACCUGUGUCAGUGUGAUGAGUGCUCCCCACCACAGUUGUGUGUCUCACCUGUGUGUGUGUCUCACCUGUGUCAGUGUGAUGAGUGCUCCUCCCCACAGGUGUGUGUCUCACCUGUGUGUGUGUCUCACCUGUGUCAGUGUGAUGAGUGCUCCCCACCACAGUUGUGUGUCUCACCUGUGUCAGUGUGUGUGUCUCACCUGUGUCAGUGUGAUGAGUGCUCCUCCCCACAGGUGUGUGUCUCACCUGUGUGUGUGUCUCACCUGUGUCAGUGUGAUGAGUGCUCCUCCCCACAGGUGUGUGUCUCACACCUGUGUCAGUGUGGUGUGUGUCUCACCUGUGUCAGUCUGAUGAGUGCUCCUCCCCACAGGUGUGUGUCUCACCUGUGUCAGUGUGAUGAGUGCUCCCCCCCACAGGUGUGCGUCUCACCUGUGUCAGUGUGA